CAAAUGUUUUAACUUGUGAGUGUUCCUACCUACAUAAAACUUGGUUUUGGUUAUUCCUAAACUUGAUUUAGUUCAUGCAAAUGAUUUGAUUGCAUGUGAACAGUUUAAUCUGUUAUGAUUGUUUUCAUAUGGGAGUUUCAUCCUAAAAUGUUUAUUCUUGUACAUUAAAUUUUGUGUGAUAAAUUAUGUACAUGAAAUGUUGUUUUAUAUGAUGCAUCGAUUCAUGGUAUGUGGCAUUGGCAUGUUUUUGUGUUAUUCAUGUAAGAUGUGAGAUGUCAACUUGUGAUGUGGCACUUGAGUGAUAGCACUAGCGAAGCGUGUCAAGGAUUAAUGCUCACUUGUAACGGGGCCUGAGAGUGGACACCACCCUUGCGAGUCGACAAGUGGCAGGGCUGCGAGUUGACACCACCCCGAGGCCUUUGAACGGUAGUAUUGUUUUCGAGGUGGACGUGGAUUCCCAAGAAUAGUGUUGAUCAUCAUGUGGCCAGGACUUGUGUUGACGUGGUUUGGAAUGCUUCUGAGUGGGAACGUAAUGAUGAUGGGGUGAUUCCCGGGUUCAUGCAUUGAUGUUGCCCCUCUUAAGCUAGAACGGUGUUAUGCCAAUGUGGUUGUGUUGCCUUUAGAGAGAUUGCAUUUUCCCUGGUUAGGGUUAAGUGCUGUGUAGGAUUCUCUUGGCUUGGGACAUGUCAAGGGAUAUGCCAGUUUUGUUUCAUGUCUUGCAUUCAUUCAUAAAAAUGUUUUGAACUCUCACUUUGAUGAUUCAACAUCUAAUUUUGGAUUUUGUCCCUGGAAUAUUCAAAUGUUCCAAGUGAAAACAACGGUGCGAAGGGAAAAGGGAUUACCGAGGAGUGACGAAGAUUAGUAGGUGGUUCGUAGCAUAUCUUUUGAUUAUGAUGUAUAUCUUGAUGAUGUCAUGUUUGAUGAUAGUACAUUUUUUAUGUUAUGAAUAAAAUGGUUCGAUUAUGUACCGUUUGAGGUUUCGAUCUAGCUUUCGCAUUUAUGAUGAUUUACCUGUCUUAGCUUAUUAAUUCUUACUUUGAUAUGUUGAGAAGGUAUAAUGAGAUCGUUGGGGAAUGAUUUGUGUGGAGUUUAUGUUAGAAAAAAAUAUAUCCCCGAAAUUUUACGUUAUCUAAUGCCCUGGGAAAAGUGGGGUGUUACAUGCGUUGUUGACUGCAGUCUACAUUCUUAACUGUGUUCCAAACAAGUUCAUGCCUUCUAUCCCUUAUGAGUUAUGGACUGGUAGAAGCCCAAACUUGGAUCACUUGCGGCCUUGGGGGUCAACUGGAUAUGUUCAUAACACGUCCCACAAGUAUGACAAACUUAGACCAAGAGUUAGCAAGAAGGUGUUCAUUCGAUAUCCUACAGGUUCAAAAGAAUACAUCAUGUAUGGUGAACAUCCUAGUGGGGGUUUGACUGAGAUAAAAUCUCGGGAUGUAGAGUUUUUUGAGGAUGAGUUCCCAAGAAUUGGUGAAGUUGAUAAGAACUCCCAAUUGUAUGAGUUACAAGAGAAAGUGUCUUUAGUCAGUGGGAGAAUUCUUGUAGUUAGUGGGAGUGAACCCAUAAACAGUACUUUAGAGACUCAAGUAAUUCAACUCAUUCAACGUGGGCUUAUCCCUCAUCGUCAUUUCAAUGAUAUUGAGGGAAGGGUACUUAUGUGUGCCAUGUUGGAUGGCACUGAGCUGACUUCUUAUGAAGAAGUCUUAACCUCCCUAAACUGAGAUCAAUGGUUGAUCGCUAUGAAAGAGGAAAUGGACUCGAUGGAUAAGAAUAAGGUGUGAGAACUUGUUGAUCUUCCACUAAAUAGAAAGGUGAUUGGCAACAAAUGGGUCUUGAAAGUCAAACGUUGAGUUGAUAGAUCAAUCGACAAGUAUAAGGUCCGGUUGGUUGCGAAGGGCUACACCCAAAUGGAGGGUGUGAAUUUCUUGGAGACAUUCUCUCAUGUGGUGAGAUUUGACUAUUCGUGUGAUUCUAGCCAUCGUUGCUCAUUUAGAUCUUGAGCUACACUAGAUGGAUAUUAAGACUAACAUUUCCCAAUGGAGAACUAGACGAGGAGAUAUACAUGGAUCAACCCAUCAGUUUUGUUACUGAAGGGCAGGAGGGAAAAGUGUGCUGUCUCAAACGAUCCAUAUACGGUCUCAAGUAAUUGUCUAGACAAUGGUAUCUACGGUUCAAUAGAGCCGUCACCUCCUCCAUUGGUUUGACCAUGAUGGAGGAAGACCAUUGUGUAUAUGUCCAACGGAUAAGAGAUGGGUUAUUGAUUUUGUCCUUAUAUGUAGAUGACAUCUUAUUGGUUGGAAACAACUUGGAGAUGAUUAACACCAUUAAGGAAUGACUAUCCUCUGUCUUUGAGAUGAAGGAUUUAGGGGAAGCGAGUUAUAUCAUCGAAGUUAAGAUCUCGAGGGAUUGCUCAAGGAGGCUUUUGAGUUUGUCUCAAGAGACUUACCUUCAUAAGAUCCUUGAAUGGUUUAAUAUGGAUAACUUAAAACCUGUUGAUACUUCAGUUGAUAAGGGUUGCAUCUUAAGUACUAGUCAGUGCCUUAAAACAAAAGAAGAAAAGAAACUAAUGGAAAAAAAAAAAAAAACAUACGUCAGUACUGUUGGGAGUCUCAUGUACCUAAUGAAGUGUACUCGUCCUGAUAUUUGUUUCGCCGUUGGGUUAGUAAGUAGAUACCAAAGUAAUGGAAAGUUGGCAAGAGAAUCAUGAGGCUAGCUCAGUCAACCAUCGAAGUAGAGUAUGUGGCCAGCUCAGAAGCUGGAAGACAUGCAUCCUAGCUUAGUGUUUUUCUUCAAGAACUCAGGGUAACAGCUCAGGUUGAUGAAUCUGUUGAGAUCCGUAUCGACAACAUGGCUGUGAUGCAGUUCGCACACAACCCCAAAUUCCAUGAUAGAGAAAAGUACAUAAGAAGAAGAUAUCACUACAUUAGAGGAUGAAUCAGGGAUAAGGAAGUUAUCUUGAGUUAUAUUCUUAGCGUUGAAAUGUUGGCUGACCCAUUGACAAAGCCACUUAGUCGGAAUGUAUUUGAAUCCCAUGUGACGCAUAUGGGGUUACAUAGAAUUUGAAUUCUACACUUGAUUACUGUUUACGACAUUCAUAUUGUUUUAUGCUGAUAGAUAUUUGUUAUAUUUUUUUAUGGAUAUUUGUUAUCUUCUUUCUGUUUUCAUUAUAUGACGUUGUGUUAUUGAUAUGGAAAACAUUGAAAUAGUUGCACAUGUUCAUGAAUGUCACCAGGCUUGGAUCAGUCCUCUCACACGGACGAUCGCCCUGACACCUGUGUGGUGUGUAGGACGAGACAACUUAUUAUUGGACUUAUGUGGUCAGUGUAAGUGCCUUGAUACAUGAGGGGCAUUCAAGGUCGUUAUUGUUGCCUUAGUAAGGCUAAGAUGAGUCUUAUUUGAAGAAGUCGAAUACGGAUAUAUUCUGAAUUCCAUAUUAAGCCUGAGAAUAGUGGGAUAUGAGCAUUCAUGAGUGGAGUGACUUAGGCUAGUGCCUAUGUGAUAACUGGGCUGACAUCUGUAUGGUGUUUUGAGUGUGACAUCCUUGAUUAGUGGGAGCUCCAUCGUAGCAUGCACAUUAUAUAGCAUGCGCUUAUUCGACCGCUAUAGGGAAGUGAUAAGAUUGUUCUCUCGUUGUCAUUGUGUGGGACCCUAUUCACAUAUGUCUUCUUACAUAAAAUUGUUUCAUGAAGUUGAGGUUCAAUUACACUACUUUAGCAUGCCACCCAAUUGGUUAGCAAGAAAGCAGUUAGGUGGGCUAUGACUGGGCAAGUGGUUGAACCAAGAGGUGGAUUGAUUCGAAUUUUAGGAAAGAUAAUUUAUACCACAUCAUGUAAGUUUUGCAACUUAUAGUCCGGACAAGAAUUUCAAUUGAUGAUCAAAUGCUGUUUAGAGUUACUCUCAAGAGAUUGGAAGCAUUUGAUAGAUGUGUUAUGUAUUAUCUAAGGCAUAGAUGACAUUGCUCUCGUUUAUUUCUUUUUGCAGCAAUACUAUGUUGGCAUUGGUGAUUGUUUGAUAUAAUACUCUUAUCAUUAUCAUCAAGUCCGCACUCCUUGACAUCCUGUAUGAGGAGAUGACUUGAGUAUUAUCCCAUGUACCCGAGUGGGAGAUUGUUAGAAUUGUGGUUACAUUGGGAUAAGUUCCCUAAUGAUAAGAUAAUUAUUUAGAAUUUGAAUUUGUUUCAAAUUCAUUCGUAUUUGAAUUUUAACAAUAUGAUGGGAUAAGUGAUUGGAAUUUGAAUUAGAUUCAAAUUCCUAAAGAGAUAUGUCUAUUUACAUUUGUGUGAUAUAUAUAAAUAGGCAUAGAAGACAAUGAAAAAUACACAACAAUUAGAAUUAGUUUCUGAUCGCUCAUAUACUAUUUUCGGCAUCACCAUUCAAGAUUUGGAUGAACAAGGAGUGGACGAAUAAGAAAGUUUUUAUAAUUUUUUUCCAUGGAGGUCGUUAGACAAAUCAGUUUCGAUUAUUCCGCUGCAAUUCAGGUAUUUUACAUACUGUUUACAAUUUUAUUAAAAGUUCUACAGGUUGCCCUCAUCUUCAUGGACGUUUGACCUCUAGUUGUGGAGGAGGCCAAUAUUGCCGCUUACCUAGUGCGUACCUAGUCUGUGGGCUGUUGCACAUGCCCAAUAAGUUUACUCAAUGCACAUACAAAGGAUAGUUGCUGGGGAUUCUCAUCAAUGAAAAAAAAAAGGGAGUUUGUUAUGAUCUAAACCCAUGCUAGUAGUUUAUUGAGGAGCUUUUAGUUAUAUUGCUUAGUUUUAGGAACCAAGAGUUGAUUUCAGCUAACACUUUUGGGUGACCGCGUGUGAUGUUAUAUAACACAAUUAUAAUUAUUUUAAUCCCAAUUCAUUUUGAUAAAUUGACCAACUUCCAUGCUUGAUUGCCUCCAUAAUACCCAUUGCCCUUGCUUAAUUUGCUACAACAUUAGCCUGGGCAUUAUUAUCUCAAUUACCCACAAGAUGGACCCACAUUCAGCUGUGACAGAGAAUUUAUCUUGAAUGGAAAAACUGCUUGAGGAACUACAAAGAACCCUCUCUAGAUGUGAGAGUCAAAUUUAAUAUGGUGUUUCGUAGGUCUUGUGGCCAUUCUACAACAAUUACAAGCCUUUAUCCUUCUACGCCUAGUUUUUUUGUCUGGAAUUAAUAAUGUAAGUUUCAAAAACAUCUUUACGUUAGUUCUUACUAACCAAACACAACCAUCCCCCUUUAUCCAAACUUGGGAUUGACUGUAAAUAGGAGGAAUGCCUUUAACACUAAAAAUGUUGAGGGAUCACUCAAUUCUUAGGCAGAGUUUAUUUUGGUCAUUUUAGUGCAAGAGAAUUUAUGUAUUAUCCAAAAACUAUAUCUAACAUGUCAUUUUAAAAAGAAGAGGUCUGCAGACUGGCUGGGUGAGAAGCCUGCAAGAAGAUGGGAAGCUUCCUAGAAUAUUUUUGGCAAUGACAAUUUGCACUUGUUAGAUACCUUUAAAGUCCUUAAUGCUCACUCAAAUAAUUUUGGCAAUCCUGGCCUUCAAAUCCCCUCGUGAUGACAGUAACAAGGGAGUGAAGCCUUUUCAUGAGCUGUUUUAGCAGUAUGAGUGUUCACUAUUGCAGUCCUUGGCAUAUGCUUGGAUAUUAAGCUUAAAAUUAAUGGCUCAAAACUUUGUUAAUUGAUUGAUUUCAUAUGAUCAAGAUACAGCACAAUUAAAUAUGUAUGUUACACCCAAAACGGUGUCAAAACAAAAGGCCAAGUCUAAACCUAAGUGUAUUAUUUGUCUUGUUGUUACUACUUGCCAAAUGGAAGAUUACUGCAUUAUUAUGGGGAUCAAGUCCUUUGGUUAUAGUCAGGUUAUGUGUUAUAUUGUCCUCAAAUUUCAAUUUUUCAUCCUUAUCUUAUUACACGGUUCAAUGAGUUUUGAUAAAACACAUUCACACGGUUAUGUGCACAUAGGUAAUGUCAUAUUAUGGAAUCACUUCGAUGUACAAUAAAUGCAUAAUGUUGACUUUUGAUUAUUUCUUUUAAUACAGGGAUAAGGUAUUUGUUUUUAUGGGAUGGGGACUGAUGUCACUGGUGUUAUAGAAACAGUGCCAUCGCCUCGUGACAUAAAGGUGCAUCGUUUGAUGUGCACAAGAUUAAUGAUAUUGGUUGAUAGAAUUUUAAAGAUAUUUCCGGAUAUAGAAGUGUGUCGUCCUCGGUGCUCAUCCGGAAUACAGCCACUUUGCUUGUUGAAUAAAGGAAUUGAGAAAGCCCAUUUACUAUUUCAGCACUGUAGCGAGUCCAGUAAGCUUUACUUGGCAAUAACAGGGGAUGCAAUACUUUCAAGAUGUUUAAAAUCAAGGAACUUACUGGGGCAAAGUUUAAGCCAGAUUGAAAGUAAUGUUCCAGUAAUGUUGGCUGCAGAGAUCUCUCGCAUAAUUUCUGAUAUUAGGGGUGCAAUAUUUAGCUUGGAUUCAUCAGAAGAGGCUGCAGGAAAGGCCUUGCGAGAGCUCCUCCAGCAGUAUGCAUCUUCAAGACCUGCAGAUGCAACAGAAGAAUCUGCAAUUGAGGCUAUUAGGUUUGCAGCUUUGAGGCUUCAAAUUACAACUCAAAAGGAUCUGUUGAUAGAGAAACGGGCUAUUAAAAAGCUCCUUGUUAAAAUUGGUGGUGGUGAUCUUCCAAAAAGGCAGAUCUUACUGUUCCUUGUGAGCCUUUUGGAGCGGCAUGGAUCAUUAAUUGUGAGGGAGCAAGCAGAGAAUUCCUAUGUGCAGCACGAGGAAUCCUUUUCAGUUUCAAGCUCUUAUAAUGCAUCUUCUGUGGAAUCUUGUGCAGAGCAUGGACCUGACGAGGUCAAAAUGGACAUGUUGAGUAGAUGUGUACCACCUGAGGAAUUCAAGUGCCCCAUAUCUUCAGGAUUGAUGUAUGAUCCUGUUGUCAUUGAUUCUGGACAAACAUUUGAAAGGAUGUGGAUACAGAAGUGGUUUGAUGAAGGUCAUGAUACAUGUCCAAAGACUAAACAAAAGCUACUUCACUUGUCAUUGACACCAAAUGUUGGCAUGAAGGACCUCAUUUCAAAGUGGUGCAGGGAUAAUGGGGUCACCAUUCCAGACCCAUGCAUCCGUUCAACAGCAGUUCACUCAUUAGAAACCUCUUUCACAUCCAUUGCUAGCUUGAGCAAUUCUAUGAAUAACUUGCGUCUUCCUAUAGAUUUGAGCAAUAUAUCACUUGGAUCGUUAGAUAGUACCAAUUCAGAUUCCUCACAUGUUAAGAUCACGGAUAGCUCAGACUUGGUGUCAGUGCAGACCAAGGACAGGUAUCGGAGAAUUCAAUCUUGUCCAAAGACGCAUGAAAGGAGCAAGUGUUCCUUAAACAAUCUUGAUGAACUUCCUUGGGAAUCUCAAUGUGAAGCAGUUGAUGAUGCCAAGUGGUAUCUGGAACACUGUGAUCAUGCUUCUAACGCCAAGUCUUUGGAGAACUUUGUUGAACCACUUAUUCAAUUUUUGAAGCACGCACAUGACCUGCAUGAUGUAAAGGCUCAGAGAAGUGGAAUUUGGUUAUUGUUGGAGUUGGUGAGCAUGUACAGAAGCAGUGAACCACCUCUACAUGAAGAAUCAUAUUCUCUAUUAGCAUUAUUGCUCAAUUCUGAAGUAGCUGAAGAAGCUCUUGCAAUAAUGGAGGUGUUGUCUUGUCAGGGACGUUGUAUACCUAAAAUUACUGCAUCAGGAGCACCUUAUUCAGUCUUAAACAUGCUCGAAACAGAAAUUCGAGAAUUCCAUGGACCAGCCAUUAGAAUACUGUGUAACUUAUCCUCAAGCAGAGAAAUCCGAUCCCUCUUUGUACCAUCAGAGUUCAUUCCUAGGUUGGUGCCGUUUUUUGAAGAUCCUGCUUUUGCCGAAUAUUGCAUAUCCAUUUUGAAAAAUUUGUGCUAUAGUGAAGAUGCCAGGGCUUCUAUUGCUGAAACUGAUGGAUGCAUCGCUUCCAUUGCUAAGGUGCUUGAAACCGGCAGCCCUGAAGCCCAAGAGCAUGCAGUAGCAGUUCUCAUUUCGUUAUGUUCUCACCGUAUUCAAUACUGCCAUUUGGUCAUGGAAGAGGUUGCAAUCCCCGUCCUCAAUAGCAUAAAAACAACCGGGAAUGAGAGAGGCAAGGCAAGUGCAAUGGAAUUGCUUCGGAUCUUGCGAGACGUUGACUAUGAUCACGAGGAAAAAUGCUUGGGAUCUGACGCGUUCCAACCAAAAGACACUAACAACCACUACAACAAGAAGAAAUCAUCUUCCAAAGCAUCUGGAAUUUUCGGGAUGAAGAUAUUCUCAAGACGGCGCUGACGAAGAAGAAAUGAAAUGAAACUCAAGAUGUCCUUUUUUCUCAGAGGUUGUGGCCACCGCAACUUUACCGUGGUGGCAACCUGGAGUUUGCUCAGGUAUCAGUCUCAGCAUCUCCAGCCACCGUAGAUUUUUAUCACCGGAAAGCUAAUACAGCAGUAGUACCAAGGGCGAGCGGUUAUGUGCUUAAUGGUUCUUCCUGCCAACUAGGUUAUUACUCUAAUAUAGGCUGUUUAUUCUUCUUAUCUGGAAAACAACAUCAAUUCCACGGCAAAGCUAGCUUGCCAGUGGGGUUGUUUGCUUCUUCUUCUUCUUCUCGCCAGCUUUUACUCUGAUGUAGGUUUGAUUAACCAUACAUGAACUUUAGAGAUGAAUUGAUGUAUAUAAUUACUUACACUUGUUUCGUAGUUUGGUAUGAUAUAAAUAUAGAGAUUAUAUCAUCA